UAGUGUACUGGUAUGUUAAAUCUAUGUAUAAAAAUUAAUGUAUUUAUCUUGUAUACAUAAGAUUGGGGAAAGUCCAGCAAAAAGACAAAUAUUUGGACACAUUUCCUUUAAACUAGAUAUUUUAAUUUGGUAACAAAAUUAAAUUAUUUAAAUGGAACAUUUUGGGAACAUUGUAGGUUAUGCUACAGUGUAAUAUAAGAGAUGACAAUUUUGAAGAAAUAAAAGACCUCACCAGAUAUAUUUCAGACGUUCUGCUGAAACUGAAUUUUAAAGACAGUAGCAAACACAUUGUGUGCAAAACUUGUUAACUGUUAGAAGCAUUUAAAUUUAAGUCAAUGUGUCUCUUUACUGAUACCACAAUAAUUCCUUAUGUCGAUAACAAAACUAUAUGUUCAGUUGCCUUAGAGAGAUUUAUGCAAAGGAAAAAGGAAACGAUGAGUUAAUCAAUACAUUAGAUGACCAUAAAAUAUGUCGAUUAUGUAUGAAGUUAAUAAGGGACGAAUUUAUAUCAGUACAUGAAUUAAACUUGAUAUGAUCGAGAAAUAUAUACCAGAAAAAAUAAUGUUUUGAUUCUGUGAGUACUCAGUAUGUUCAUAAGGAAAUGCUUAGAAGAAACAUCCAAAGUAUUGAUAAGGCAGGAGUUCCUAGCGGUACUGCCUCAACCUCAUCAUUCGAUUUAUGCAUUAAAACCGAAUAUAUCGAAAUAAAAUCUGAAAGAAAUGAACAGGAAGAAGAGUUUGUUGAAACUAAAUUUACUGUAGUGAAAUCUGAAGAUGAACAGAUGAUGAUAAAAACGGAGUGCAUCGAAAUAAAAUCGGAAGAUAACAAUAAAGAAAGUAACAAAUCUGUGGUCAUUCCGUCCCAUGAAGAUAUUUCUGAAACAUGUGACAAGACUGCUUUUAUGCGCCACCAGUUUAUGCAUAGAGGCUCCAUGAACACAUGCCAUUCUUGCGAUUUCAAUACUAAAUAUAAGAGAAAUUUGAGGACUGACCAGUUACAACACAAAGACCCCUUGCAGAUACGAAUGUACAUGUGUGAUUUGUGUGAUUAUAAAACUAAAUAUAAGAGCUACCUCAGACCCCAUCAGUUGAAACACGCGGACACUUCUGAGGUGAAAAUGCACAAAUGUGAUUUUUGUGACUAUAAAACUAAAUAUAAAAGCUGUGUUAGGUCCCAUCAGAAAAGACACACAGAUCCUUCGGCAGUUCGAAUGUACAAAUGCGAUUUGUGUGAUUUUACAACCAAAUGUAGCAAUUUCGGUAUCAAGAGAUUUACAUCCCACCAGAUGACACAUGCAUACCAGCAGCUGCAUUCAGAUGCAAAAGUGUGAUUUGUGUUACUGCAUGACCAACUGCAAGGACAAGCUUAAGCUCCACACGUUUACCCUUUGGUUAUGAGAUAGUUCAGAUAUAAUGAUCUUAAGUGCCUUCAGUUGAAACGUUAAGUCUUAAGAGAUGUGAAUGGAUGCUCCAACUGGACGAACGUACAAGUGUGAUUCGUGUGACUAUAAAACUAAAUAUGAAGGCGGUCUUAAGUCCCAUCAGAGAAAACAUGCUGACCCUUCAAAAGCAGGAAUAUACAAGUGCGACUUGUAUGAUUUUACAAGCAAAUGUAGCAACAGACUUAAGUUCCAGUGGCUGACCUAUACAGGUUCUCCAAAUAUGCAAAUUUACACUUGUGAUUUGUGUUGCUUUAUGACCAAAUGUAAAGACAAGCUUAAGCUCCACGUUUGAAAACACACUGACCCUUCAGUUAUGGGAAUAUUCAAAUAUAAGAAUGGUUUUAAGUGCCAUCAGUUGAAACGUGAAGUCUUAAGAGAUAUGAAUGUACUUCCCAACCAAACAAAUAUAAGUGUGAUUUGUGAUUAUAAAACUAAAUAUGACACGUGCGUACUAGUUGCUACAUUCAAAUGUAAACGUGUGAUUUGUGUUACUACAUGACCAAAUGUAAAGACAAGCAUAAUCUCCACACACUGAUUUUUUGAUUAUGGGAUAGUAUAUCCUGUAUAUUAAAAUGAGUACAGUCUGUACAAUAUUUGUUGAGAUAGAAUUCCAAGAAAGAAGUAAGCCAAUAAAGUACUUGGAUUAUAAUUAUAAGAAAAUCAGAAAUAGGAAUUCACUAGUGCGAUUUGUGUGAUUUUAUAAUGGACCGUAGGGUUGACCUUAAGUUUCACAAGUCAAAACACGAACCUGUCAAAAGCGUUAAGAUACAAGUGUGAUUCGUGUGAUUUUAUGACUAAAACUAAACGUAUGUUAAAGCACCACCUGUUAAAACAUGCAGACCCAUCAAAGGUGCUGAAGCACAAAUGUAAUUUGUGCAACUUUGAAAGUAAAUAUAGGACCAGCCUGAAGUAUCACCUACUGAAACAUGCAGAAUCCGUUUGAUAAUCUUCCCAUAUCCUCCUUAAAAAGGAAAAUAUAUAAAAGCUUGGCAAGCGUAAAUGUAAAAAAAGGAUAGAAGAAUCAGUAUAAUCUGACAGGUGUGGUUGUGGAACCUGGUCACACUCUAAACUGACUGCCUCUCUAUAACAAUUUUAAACUCUUUUAUUAUUCUUCCUACAUAACCUAUCUGUAAAAUAUAAUAGUUCUACCACUGAUUCUAAUACUAAGGAUUAGCUUAGAAUUCAAAGACUUGUGCAGCAGUGGCGUAGCAUUCUAUUAAUCGGUAGGUGAUAUUUACACUCAGAAAUGGCUAAGUUCUAACUACUAGUUAUACUGGCCAGUAAUGCCAGUAUCAAUCUCUAAGGUAAAUCCAAAACAAUGUUAUCCGACCAUACCCACAGAGAGGGUAAUAUCACCUCUAGAAUACAGCUGAUUUAUGGUCUUCCGGGGCUUGAAUCCACUAGUAGCAAAAUGGAAUCAAGUACUAACGCAUUAAACUACUUGGACACCAACCGACUCGUAAUACUUAUUAGUUAUUUGUUUGGAUCAAUUUAUUAUAAUACUGUAUAGUUCUAAAAUUAACUUCUAUUGCUUUCUACAAUACACAUUUUGAAUUAAAAAGUUUAGAAAACCAAGCCUAUGCUACAAUUAAACUGAUAGUAAAAAGUAAGUUUUAAUUUCCCUAACAAAUGUAAUCAUUUAACAGAACUUGUAAAGGCUGUACGUGAAAAAUAUAUUGAUGCGAGAAUAAAUUGUGAAGUCAAAAUAUUUAUUUCAGUAAAAUCUAUGAAAAGACAAAUAU